UCCGAUUUUACCUCAAGAAACAACAACAACCUCCGACCAUGGGACCCAAAGAAAGCUUCAUUUUCUGCCUUUGGUAAAUUGUUUCGAAAUGAAUUAUUUCAUGAUCAGCUUAAUGAUAAACCCUUUUGGAAAGCUAAUUUCUUAAUUUCGGAACCAAUUCUGUUCGGUACUUGGGAUGGUGUUUACACCUCUUGUGUUAUCCACCUUUUUGGUGUCAUCACUUUGAUCCGAGCUGGAUGGAUAGUAGGAAAUGCUGGCAUAUUAUUGGCCAUUGGAAUUGUCCUUCUUAGCCUGGGAAUUUGUUGUAUCGCUGUAAUCGCCGGAAUCAAAAUAACGGAGCGAGUGGGAGGUGGGACAAUCCAUUACUGUUUGUCCCAAGUUCUUGGCGCUCGACUUGGCGGAGCAGUUAGUUUGGUCUAUUGUUUUGGUUCGUGCGUUAAUUGUGCUCUUCAUGUGACCGGUUUCGCUGAAUCAGUGGCUCUCCUAAUCAAUAACGGUGAACCCUGGUUCCAAACCGCCAUUGGAACUGGAUUAAUUAUCGUUCUCUACCUAAUCAAUAUCGCUGGAGUUAAAUGGGUUGUUAGGCUUCAAUUUGUGAUUCUUGCAAUUCUGAUCAUGGCUGCUCUUGAUUUGGCUUUUGGUUUAUUCAUCUCACAUGAUCCAAGUACUGGAGUUAUUGGUUAUAAUCGAGAUAAUUUCUAUGCCAAUUUAAAGCCUGAUAAUCUUGAUCUGUUCGCGGUGUUUGGAGUGUUUUUCCCCGCUGUCACUGGUGUUUUCGCAGGUAUCAACAUGUCAACCGAUCUUUACAAUCCUCGUGAAUCAAUACCAAAGGGAACAUUUUCCGCCAUUGGAACGGCCUUCUUACUUUAUAUGCUAUUCAUGAUCGGAUUGGGAAGUGUUUGUACUCGGGCCACUUUACUUGGGGACACGAUGAUUGCGGUUAAAGCUUCAGCCGUUGGUUACCUGUUACUUGCUGGUAUUUACAUAUCAUCCAUGUCGUCCAGUUUGGGGUCACUUUAUGCGACACCGAAAAUUAUCCAAGACAUGGCAGUGGAGAAAAUUAUUCCCGGAAUGAAUUUUCUGGCCAAAGGACGCGGACCCAAUAAACUUCCCAUUUAUGCGUUAACAGUUUACGCAAUUUUGACCUUUGCAUUCACGAUGAUUCGAAGUGUCAACUUAUUGGCGACAAUUGUCACCAUUCCAUACUUAAUGACCUUUGCCUGGGUCGAGUAUGCCCAUUUCUCGCUCUCCUUGACCACUGAGAUGCAAUUGAUGAGAGAGGAAAGGUUCACCCGAUAUUCACCUUCAUCACCCACCUUCUCGAUAAACAAAGGGGCCAAAAAAGUUCAAGAUUAUGGGGCAACAGGUAAACCCAAGGGAGAGAUCGGAGGACGCGCUGGAUUAGAUCAGUUAUUCCCGGAAAGAACAACAUUGACCACUAAUACGACCACAACGACAACUACAACUGGUUCAUCGGCACAACAACAACAAACCAAGAAAAUUUAUGUUCGUCGUGAACAAAGUAGCCCGGAACCUUCAGACUCCUCGAUUCCCUCCUCUCCAGGCGACCAAAGUUCAAUGAUAACCGAAGAGGCCGAUGGCGAGGCCUCAGCGCGUCACUCGAGCUUGGGCAGUAUCUCACCUGGAAAACGCGACGACAUCUAUUUAGCCGAUGAAUGGAAUCAAACAGUUAAUCGACUUUUGUCGAAUAAAUUUCUCUCUCUCUUCGGGUCAUUGAUUAAGGUCAUUCUUAUGUUCCUUGUCCAUUGGCUUUACUCAUUAAUCAUCAUUUCGAUCACGAUUAUCCUUUGGUUUUACAUCGGCCAUGUAAACAAAGGCGUUUAUCCCGGAGUAUCUCAGGUCAGUCUCUAUGAAUACACACGGAUGAAAAUGCGACGGAUUUUCAGACGUGACGUUCAUGGUGAUUACCAACAUUUCAUAGUUACAACGGAUCCCGAUGUUGAUAUAACGGCCUCACAAUUAACUCAAGAGGGAACUGAUUUCGCCGCAAGGGAAAAAUAUCAUCAAACAAUCACAACACACUAAAUUGUUACAAUUAAACGACAGUUUUAACUGUUAAAUUUUAUUUUAUCUCAAAUUGUCACAAUUAUACAUUCCAAUUCUAAAUCAAAUUUAAUCAACUCUUUUUCUCGUACCAAAAUUUGUGUGUGUGUUUAAAAUGAAAUCAAAUGAAAUGUUUAAUUGUUUAUCUUUCAUCCUACUUUUGUCAAUCAAAUGGAUUAACAAUCAAAAAGAAAACCUCAAACAAUCAACUUUAAUUGUUAAUGAAAACUUUUUGUCACAAUCAAAUUCAAUCAAUCAAACGAAAGUACUAUCAAAGAUUAUUAAAAGAAACUUUUUAAUCAGUUAA